CAACUGCACGAGAGCAGAGGCACGAUCAUGUCUGGCUCAGCUUCAAAGCUUUCCUCACAACUAAAAGCCAUCGCGCAAUCCUGGCCAACAGAUCCGUUCCGGCCGAACAUGCAACUACAAACGUUCUUCCUCUCGCUCUCUACACACCCGCGUCUCACCCCAAGUUCAGUACGCGCUGUCCAGGAACUCCGCGCAAACGAGCUCGCGAAAAAAUACCCGUUGUCCGAGAAGAUGCUCAAGCCGGCAUCUCGACCGAUGCAUUACAACCAGAUUGUUGAGGGUUUCCAGAAGAGUGCACAGGGCAUUGCGCGGCCGUGGUGGAAGCGCUUCUUUGAAAUUUGGUGAUGGAGAUGAGUGGCUGAAGGGGCUAUGUACACAAUCAUAAUUCAUCUCAUGCAUUCAUUUGCUGUAAUUUAUAUCUUCCAUAUUUCUGUCAUUGUUAAUCAAUUGACGUCGG